UUGCUUUUUAGUGGCUUAUGACUUAAGAAAAAGACAAUAAUACCCUCGUUAACCAAUCUUCUCUCUUUCACGGCUGAUGAAAAACUCGCGUUCUUCAUGAACUUCACUCCAGCUGCCAAAUUCCCUCUACCCGUCGACCCUUCUCCGAUCUCCUGACUAGCAGUAUAGCACCAUAGUCCGCCAUCGAUCGACACUCCUUCAGGCGCCGCCACACUCCGCCUCCCCCAUCCAUCGCAAAACGGCUUCUCCUUAAAGCUUGAUAACGUUAAUCAAAAGGAGCAAUCAUGGAUGUCGAUGCUCAACCAACAAUGGAGGAAACAGUUCUUGUUGGAGAUGAUCUGAUGUUAGGGCCACCAUCACCACUCAUUCCACCUGAAAUUGCUUCACAUGUUCUUGAAGGUGUUAAUUUGUGUGAUGGGAUUUUGAGAAACCUUUUUCUGUGUCUGCAAGUUAAUGAUAUAGAGCCAUUUUGUCAAGAAGAGAUUGCUUUGUAUCGAGAGUGUGCAGAAAAACGGGACAAGGAACUAAGAAAACGUCUUCAAGAGAGCGAGUAUAAAUUAGGGUUAUCAAUGCCUUUAGAUCAAGCAAAAGAAAGAGCUUCUCAACUAGAGUCUGAAACCACAACUUUAGAGAGGCGAUUGAUUCUUGCAAGUGGGAUGGAAGGUGCAGAAGGGUUUCGCCAAAGAUGGAGUUUACAUGGUCGUCUUACUGAUACAAAGAAAAGAAUGGAGGCAUUAAAGGAAGGACUUGAAAAUAGGAAAAAAGAUGAUGAACCAGUGGCAGUGAGUGUUAAAGGUUCAACCGGAGGAAAAAGAUGGUUUUUUUGGUGAAAAUAGGAAAGACCAUUAUUUGAAUAUAUAGCUCUUUGAAAUGAGAUUAAGGCAACUAUAUUAUGUGUAGAACUUGAUUUUAGACAAAAUUGAUUGGCUAAAUCUAAACUAUCGGUAACUUGAAGGACUAAA